UUCAAUUCCCUGAUGAUUUCAUAACCUAAUUCGUAAACAAAUUUAAAUAUCGAGAGGGAAAAAAGAAGUAUUGAAAUAAUCGAAAUGGAUCGACAGAUUCUCUUAAAAAUAUUCGAGAGUGACAGUGGAUCGAGGGAUUUAAAAAAGAUGAAAAAUAUUGAAAAAGUCGUGGAGAGUUUUCCAGCGCUUGACGAUACAUCAAUCUCGGCUCUUGCAAGUUCCUUGAGCAAAUUAUUGUCCUACAAAGUGUCUCCAGAUGCCUAUCAGAGAUAUUCAGCAAGAAUUCAGAUAAUUGAGGUAAUGAGAGACUGGAUUCAACCUCCACUAGGACUCCAUGCUCAUCCGACAUUUUCCCAGGGUGAAAAUAUGGCGGAAUUCAUUCUCACUCUCAUCAAUAAGUACAUGAACAGAGAAAUCCUUCAUAGAAAAAAUCAUUCCCCCAAGAGUCUAAUAAAAUUAGGUAAAUUGCUGUUGAAUUUGUCAAAGCAAAAACCAACGUACAUUCCUCACUUCAAAAGCUUCCUCGAGCGGGCAGAUCCAUUACAGCUAGUCUGCGACGAGACCGAGGACUUUGUGAACGACUCGUUGAACAAUCGAGACAAAUUGGCACUAGAAUGCUGCCUCGUUGAUAAACUCCACAUAAUAAAUGCCAAAGAAUCAAUUGAAAAACCCCUCGUCGAUAACUUCCUCGAGAAUUUCGAGGGAUUGAGAGCCAGAGAGGAAUUGUCCACUUCAGAGAAUUUUAUGAAAAUGAUCAAUUUAAUUUCCUCGUCAUCGAAAUUAUUUCAACUGGCCUCCAGCAUUCUCAAAGAAUUAUUCGUACACUGUGAUCUGCCUUUAUUGAUGAUUGAUUACAUUCAAUUUGUGUUGAAACACGUACUGUCCAAUAUUAAAAAUAUGAAUCUCGACCUGUACCCAACGCACUUGCAAUCUUACGUGGCAUUACUGAGGAUCGACAGUAAAUAUCACACUGAAAGUUCAAAGAGAUAUACUCUGGAUUCACUCAGUAACAUGUACUUAAAAAAUACAGAUCAAGUAUUAAUUUUAAUGCUACACUAUCCAAAUUGGUUCGAGGAAUUGUCGAAUUACGUCAUAGAUUUUAUUUAAUAAAUCGUACAGAUGUAAAUUGAAGAAAAAAAAAAAA